CUAUAAUGUCUUCAUGCAUCGAGAAUAGUACCCCUCUAGUUAAUCUCUCGCAAAUAUGUCAGACUGAUAUCUCGUUUGGUUCUGAUUGCACUGCCAAAUACCUGCCCCUUGAGAAGGUGUACUUUCACAUAUUGGAGAAGAUACACGAAGCAUUCUUCGAUUUAAGAAACUUGGAUUGUUCGUUUGAUAACGGCAAGUCUGGUGAUAUACAGAGGGACAGUAUCAUAAGACGAGCAUGUAAACGUCCCUGGAGCUCGGACCACGCGCACGUGCCUCUAGAUGACAAUCACGUGGACCUGCCAGCCAAAGUUGCAAAAGAGGAAGCGGGCUUACAGAAGCCCGUGAACACCACAACCGGCCACGUUUCCCUAGCAUCAGUGUCUAUCAAUACUCCCCCAAAUAUAGAUCCUAGACCCACCUGCAGUGUUUCAACGUCACCCUCUAUAACUCUAACUCUGCCUCCAACAGAGAACAAUGUCUCGCCAAGGAAACCCUCCCCUCCCCUCAUUUAUACUGAGUCAAGUCCCUUCACCUCGCCCAGUACCUCGGACCAGGGAGGCAGAGCCAUGACGUCACCUUUAGUGGACAACAGAGCUGCCCCCCUAGUAGACGGUAUUAUAGGUGUAUUGUGCCCCACAUCCAACAACAGUAACCUCUCUAAACCAGACAAUCCUACUCCUUUUGAUCUCUCUCCUUUCAGCCCUUUUCUUGCAUCUUCUUUAAGCGACUAACAAAUUGGAGAACGUACAACUAGACGAGUUAAGAACGUUAAGAUUAGCGCUCUCCAAUGCUUUGCAACAGAGUUCUGAGAAGACAGACAUAUCUAACCUAACUAAGUCUAUCCUAGCAAACCCGGCCACUUCCACUGCCAGACUUCAACCCUCACUAUUUCAGCCGGAUCUGAAUUUAGCAGACUUUAUGCUGCAGAACAAUUUGUUUAAGUUGCCCCAAAUCGCGACACCCAAGAAGUCCACCCUCCCCUCAGGCUACCAACUUCUAGAUGAUGCCGUGACCACAGCCCCAAAAAACGAGGUGCUGAGCCCUGACACAAAACAGAAACUUCACCAAUGUCCUUACUGUGAAGCAAGAUUCAACCAGAAAAGCAACCUUAAAACCCACGUCUUCGGAGUGCAUCAGUUCAAACUGAGCACGUGCAGAACUUGCAAGAUAAUCACCAGCAAGGAAAAAUUAAAAGAACACAUGAAGACUCAUCCUAAUCGUGGCUACAGGUGUCAUCAGUGUGACACUUCAUUUGAUACUCACAUCAGGUUGUUACGACACAUGAAGAUUCACAGUUCAGAACGUCCUUACAAGUGCUCCUUUUGUCCAAAAAGUUUUGUUUACAAGUGGAAUUUGACGGAACAUGUCCGGAUACAUACGGGAGAGAAGCCGUUUGUCUGCCGCCUGUGUGGUAAAGGUUUCUGCCAGUCCAGCACUCUCAAGCGACACUCGCUGGCAAUGCACACGACUGAGAAGCCCUACAAGUGUAGUCAGUGUGAAGAAUCUUUUGUUCGGAUCUUGCUCCUGAAGAAACACUUCGUAAACCACCACAUGUCCAGUACCACACUACACGCCACCCCAGCCGCCCCCGGCACCCCCGUCUGUAGUGCGGGGGGUCCCGUCUCCUCCUCCUCCUCUCAGCUCGCUCCGGACGCCCUUAGUAUGCUUCACAUGUUUAGUAACAGUGUAGGCAAUCAGUUCUGAGGAGGCAUUAUUACAGACUAUUAAAGAGACUAAUUUAUUAUUUUUCAAUUCGAAGCGGUCGAUUUUGUUUUAUUUAUGUAGUUGUGUAGAAACCUGAGUUUAGGUAUUUUAUUAACUGGAAUUGGAAUAUUUGUAAUUGGUAAGUGAGACUAGUUUUAUUGAAUCAAUUUGUGGCUAGGAAUAUCUUAAGCUGUAAUUCAUGGUUGCGAGGAAUGUCUCGUAUUAACGAUCACAAUUCCAUUUUAUUAUCAUUAUCCAUUUAAAUAUUAAAAGUUGAACAUUGAACGAUAAUUUUUUCAGAAAUUAAGUUCGGAAAAUUUCAAAUUUGUGGAGACCGGUGCUGCAUGUCUAAGUUUUGUAUUGCUGUAAAACCUAUAAUUACUCAGGCAGACAUUGUGUGUGGAGACUAGGAACAUUGUGUUAAAAUUUAAUUGAAUUGAACAAUAAAUGUGUUUUGUUUUUGUAAGGCUGGAUGUUAAAAAUUAAUUAAGAUUUAAAGAUGAUUUGUAAACAUAAUAUUUUUGGAUUCUUUUAACUGUAUUUUAUGGAAAUAAUAUAUUCAAAUUGACAAUCGCUGUACUUAAAAACUUUAGCUCUCUUUGGGAUGGUGUUUCAUGCUUGUUACUUAUUAUUGUUAAUAUAAUAUAUAAAUGAUUUAAUUUAG